CGUCCAGCGCACGUCCACAAUGGAGUCUACAAUUUAUUCACUCACGUGUGCGUGCUUGUUUCACCGAUGCAAUAAAAAUAAAGCGCUGGAAGAACAUGGACUCAGACGCGGGUCUGUCGAAUCCGUUUGAAAUCGUAGUAGGAACGUACGAGCAAUAUUUGCUCGGCUACAAAGUACACAACAUUGUAAAUGAAUACAAAAUAGAGAAGAGCUUUGCGACUCACAAUCAUGUUGCAAGUAUACGCAGCGUUACCAGUAGUAAACAUCAUCUUGCUUCGGCCGGUGCCGACGAAACGGUAUGUCUCUACGACAUGCGUUACAGACGGGAGUCCGGUAAAUUGAUACAUCAUAAAGAUACCAUCAAUUGCAUUGCGUUUACUCCAGAAGGCUCGCAUCUCUUUUCAUGCAGUAAUGACGGGAGUAUAACCGCCGUUCGUUGUGGCAGUUGGCAGUUGGAGAAAGUCUGGCCGACGGCGCACAAAGGCUCGGCUGUCAAUACUCUGGCUAUUCAUCCUACGGGAAAGCUGGCCUUGUCCACUGGACAGGACGGUAUACUCAGGACAUGGAAUCUGAUCAAAGGCAGACCAGCUUAUGCUACCAAUCUAGUACCGAAACUGAAGUCUAACGCCAAAUGGAUAACUGUUAUUAAAUGGAGUCCAAGUGGUGAAAGAUAUCUGCUAGCUGCCCAAGGAAAUAUCUAUGUUUAUUUGGUAGAGUCGGCAGGAAUAGAGAAGGAACUUACAUUUGAUUCGAAUGUUAUUUGUGUCGAGUUCUUAAAAGAUGAUUUUAUUGCGGUUGGAUUUGAGAACGGAGACAUAAGGUUUUGCGAUCUCAAAACUUCCAUGCACACAAUUAACACGAAGGCGCAUAGUAUGAGAGUCAAGUGUCUCGCACACAUGAACGAUCUAUUGGUUAGCGCUUCCAGUUCUGGAGAGAUCAAACUCUGGAGAUACAACAAACAUAGUUUGGAUAUGUUGCAAACUGUAAAUUGCGGUGCCAGAAUUACUUGCCUUUCCUUGACACAAACUUACAAAGAUUUAGUGCAACAGAAAGAAAUUGAAUCAGAGGAGGAGGAGGAAAAAGAGGAUGAGAAAAUAAAGAACAGACUUCGACUGAAACAUGAAGUUAUUAUUGAGAACGAAGAAGAUUUGGAAGUUACAGGUGUUAGAAAUCGUAAAGAAAAAAUGCGAGAAAAGAAACAUGGAAAGAAAAGAGAGAUAGUAGAAGAUGCUGAAGAUGUUCAGCCUUCAAAGAAGAAAGCAGCAAAAGUAAAAGAGACUAUCGUUUCAAAAAAAAAGAGGGAUAGGUCGUCACAGAUGGAAGAUGUCAUCGAGAAAUCUAAAAAAAAGAAGAAACUCUUAAAAGCAAAUGAGACAAGUCCUAAUAAAAAACGAAAAGAUCGCAGCGCUGCGUUACAAAUCACCUUGCCAGCGAAGAUUAAAAAGAUUAAAACUAACAAAAUCGAGGAAUAUCCGAGCAGGAAGCACAAAAUAAUACCAGUGACAGACGCCGAGGAUGCUCCACCUAGAAAGAUAAAGAAGAAGGCGAAUACGGAAAAAAGACUCGUGCCAAAAAAGAAAAAGAAGAAAAUAACGAGAUAAACUAGGAUUCAAUUGCGAGAGUCUCUUUAUAAAAGUUUUUUUUUCAUUCAUAUCAUAUUUACAUGAUAAACUUAAGAAUAAGAGUAGAACGACUAAAUGCUUAAUAAAUUACUUGCUAGUUCCUAUAAUUAUAAA